GCGGGGCGGCGCGGCGCGGCGCGUGACCUGGGUUCUUUCCGCCGCGCGCGCCCGUGUUGGGCUGGAGUGUCCCUCGCCCGCCGCCACCCACAUCCCGAGUGCAGAGUCCCGAACCCGAGCACGGGCUGCCUGGCUACUCCGAACGAAGGUGCUGCUGUUUGAACUGGAAGCUUCAAAAGUUGUAAAAGAACCUUCAGGAUGACUUUGAACUAGAUGAGCUAAAAACCCCUUCAGAGUGCUGUUUCCAGCAUGUUUCUAUCCUGUCGGGCUUUCCUGGAGAGGGACUUCAAGAGGCCGUUCUGCAAACAGUUCCACUGAUGCUCAUGGAACCGGACUAGAGGGUUUGACUUUGCUGCUAGAAUUCUCUUGCUUGAUGGUCUUCUCUGCCAGAGUUCUGAGAGGUGUAGAGAUAUUCAUGGAUUCAGAGAGCCUGCAAGCAAGGGAAGUAGCACUUUCAUGCUGAAUGAAAACCAAGCAAGUGGAACUGAGAACACUUCAACCUACAGCAUUUCGAUUCUUUGCACUGGGUGACAGAAGGACUGUCACAGCUCAGGGGAAAAGGGAUACUGCAAAAGAAAACCCAAAGGAAGAGCAUGAGGGUGACUGGAAAUUAAAUGGCUGCCUCCACCUCCCCAGAGACAAAGGCAGCCUCUUGGUGGAAUUAUUUUUUUCUUUAUGACGGUUCCAAGGUAAAGGAAGAAGGAGAUCCAACCAGAGCCGGCAUUUGUUACUUUUAUCCCUCCCAGACCCUGCUUGACCAACAGGAGCUGCUUUGUGGACAGAUUGCUGGGGUUGUCCGCUGUAUCUCUGACAUUUCUGGCUCUACGCCCACACUCAUCCGUCUGCGGAAACUCAAGUUUGCCAUAAAGGUCGAUGGAGAUUACCUUUGGGUACUGGGCUGUGCUGUGGAGCUCCCUGAUGUUAGCUGCCAACAGUUUCUGCAUCAGCUCAUUGGAUUCUUCCAUUUUUACAACGGACCUGUUUCUCUGGCUUACACAAACUGUUCUCAGGAAGAACUGAGCGGGGAGUGGGACACCUUCAUCGAACAAAUUCUGAAGAACACCAGCGACCUGCACAAGAUAUUCAAUUCCCUCUGGAACUUGGACCGAACUAAAGUAGAGCCCCUGCUGUUGCUGAAGGCGGCCCUCAUUCUGCAGACGUGCCAACGCGCACCUCACAUCCUAGCUGGCUGCAUCCUCUAUAAAGGGCUGAUUGUGAGCACCCAGCUCCUGCCUGCCCUCACUGCAAAGGUCCUGCUUCACCGAUCUGCACCUGAGCACCAGAGACGGCCCGCAGGAGGGGAUGCUCCGCAGGAACAGGGAGCAGCACUUCCCCCAAAUGUCCAGAUCAUCCCUGUGUUCCUGACGGAAGAGGAAGUCGGCAGCCUGCGUGAGUUCCCACUGGAGUGGAUGCCGCGCUCUCCUGCAUCUCUAGCCAGACUCCAGGCUGGCUCGGCCCGGCCCCCGCCACAGCAUUGGAGCACCUGUGCCCCGAAAGAACACGCUGCCAGACAUACGGACUCCACGGCCAGUACAUCAGUGCCCACCCCAGAGCCCACGUCCUCUGACGAGGCUUGGCCGAGUGGCAGGAGGGAGAAUGGACACUUGUCUGACUAUGAUCUGGAGAGCAUCGGGCCCACCAGACUGCACAGCACAGCCCAAGAUUGGGGGCCUGAUCUCAGCCGCUCCCUAGGGAAGGAGCCCAGCUCUUCCCGAGGGGAGCUGGACUUAUCUGAACUCCACAUCCCAGAAGCUCAGGAAGAGGGAGCGGCCUCAGGUCACACUGCCUUCCCAGAUAGCAGUGAUCCUUGCAGUGAGGAAUCUGUUAGCGACUUCAGCAACCUGGAGCCCACACAGCCUGAGGACACAGCCACCGGCCGCCUCCUCCCUUCAGAGACGCUCACCCAGAAUGGAGCCCUUGAAGAGCCCGAAGGCCUUCCUAACAGCAGCCAAGUCCCCACUCCCAGAGGAGACCCUCUCUCAAGAGGGACUAGCAGACCCUUGUCCUUGCCUCGCUUAGACCCAGGACAGAGUGGAAGUAAGCUUCCCGUGUGGGAACAAGGAGUGGGGCGCUGCAUCGAUGGGGUCCUGGGGAGCCACGCAGCCCCUGGCCUGGAAUGCGGCGUGGAAUCGGCAGACCCUCAGGACAACAGCCCCUCUGCAGGCAGCACCAACUCCAGGUCGGCUCCAGCAGGGUCUGGCGUGGGCCUGGUGCAGAUGAGCCUGUACACUCACAGCGUGAAAGGGCUCCUGCUGGCCCUGCUGGCCGAAGAGCCACUGCUAGGGGACAGCGCCGCCAUCGAGGAGGUGUACCACAGCAGCCUGGCAUCCCUGAACGGGCUGGAAGUCCACCUGAAAGAGACGCUCCCGAGGGACGAGGCUGUCCCCACGAGCAGCACGUACAACUUCACACAUUACGACCGUGUUCAGAGCAUGCUGACUGCAAACCUGCCACAGGUGGCCACCCCUCAGGACCGCCGCUUCCUCCAGGCUGUCAGCCUGAUGCACUCUGACUUUGCCCAGCUGCCCACACUGUAUGAGAUGACCAUCAGAAAUGCCUCCACGGCCAUCUAUGCCUGCUGCAACCCUGUCCAGGAGACCUACUUCCAGCAGCUCGCGUCGGCAGCGCGGAGCUCCGGCUUCCCGAGCUCUCAGGACAGCGCCUUCAGCCUUGCGGGCAAAGCCAAGCAGAAGCUGCUGAAGCACGGGGUGAACUUACUCUGAGCUGCACCUGCAGUGCCAGGCUCCGUCCCAGGAGAUGGUGAACAGAGCCUCAGCAAAGGAAGCUCUGCCCUUUUUUAUAGGAAAGGUCCUGCAAUUGUAUUUUCCCUGGAAUAUUCCUUUUUUUCUAGCAGUGUGACAUUUGAUGAUUGGUAACUAUUUGAGGUUUUGUUAUGCCUUUUGUCAAUAGGCUGGGAUGUGUGUGUGGGGGUGGGUGGUUCUUCAGGUCUGCAAAUGGAGAGCACUGAGAAGAGCCUUACACCACUGGCAGUGUCAGGGCCAGGAAGGAGCCUGGCUGCUCAGCCACAGAGGAACGGCUUGUUAGUGCCCUUGCUGCACUGAGCCUGGAGUGUUCGACAUCUCCCGCUGCUGGCCCAUGCCAGCCCAAAUGGGUCCCACAGAACUUCAGUUGGCAUUUUUUCUAGAACCUGGUUGUCCCCAGUCUGGAAUGGGUGUUCUGCCCUGUCACCACACAGGAGGACCCGGACCUGUUAGCAGGCCAGUCCCACUCCCACUUGUCAGUUCAGCUGUCUUCAGUGGUCCCUGGGAGGGCCAGGUACUUAGUGUGGGGAAGGAGCUGUGUGUGAAACCGGCUUGUCUGAAGUCUUCCGAACCUCAUUCAAGUCCUGGGGCCUGCUCUUUGGAAUGCCUCCGUGUAGCGAGUCCUGAUAGGGCAGGAGGCCAAAGGGGCUUUAGAGCUGUCUUUGUAAAGGCUCUGGGGGACUGAGCCUGUGGAAUUCUGGCGUGCUGUCUUUGUUUAGAAAUGGGCUGUACAGCUGGUUCCUCUUGGGGGUGUCCCCAAACAGGAGUUUCUGAGGUGCACAGGGAUGAAAGCAGCCCUGUGAAAAGAAACAUGCAGUUGUGUUUCUGGGCUCAUGUGGCAUUUGAAACUGGCCUGCUACAUUCCAGUCAGAGGUGCAGAUCACAGGAUGGAAAUAUCCAUCAAAACCCUAACUGAAUGUUUACUGGAAGGACCCACGAUUCCACCCAGAGAUCCCGAUCUUAACAAUUUCAUGUCAGGGAGCAGCUAACUAAUGUAGAGGGCAGGGUGUCUUUUCUUGAAACAUGUUUCCAAGGGCUAAAAAUAAAAUAGCCAGAAACACGA